CCACCCCCCGCGCCGGGCCGGCCGCCCCGCGGGACUCACACACAGACGGACAGGCGAGACCAGACGACCGGGCGGGCAGACGGACGGGCCGGGUACAGAUGGGGGAGAUGGAGCAGAUGCGGCAGGAGGCGGAGCAGCUCAAGAAGCAGAUCGCGGACGCCCGAAAAGCCUGCGCGGACACCACCCUGUCGGAGCUGGUGUCCGGGCUGGAGGCGGUGGGGCGGAUCCAGAUGCGGACCCGGCGGACCCUGCGGGGACAUCUGGCCAAGAUCUACGCCAUGCACUGGGCCACCGAUUCCAAGCUGCUGGUGAGCGCCUCUCAGGACGGGAAGCUGAUCGUCUGGGACACCUACACCACCAACAAGGUCCACGCCAUCCCGCUGCGGUCCUCGUGGGUGAUGACCUGUGCCUACGCCCCGUCGGGGAACUUGGUGGCGUGCGGGGGGCUGGACAACAUGUGCUCCAUCUACAGCCUCCGAUCUCCCGAGGGACACGUCAAGGUCAGCAGGGAGCUGGCCGCCCAUGCUGGCUAUCUCUCCUGCUGCCGCUUUCUGGACGACAACAACAUCGUGACCAGCUCCGGGGACACCACCUGCGCCCUGUGGGACAUCGAGACGGGGCAGCAGAAGACGGUGUUCGCGGGCCACACGGGGGACUGCAUGAGCCUGGCCGUGUCGCCCGACUGCAAACUCUUCGUGUCGGGCGCCUGCGACGCCAGCGCCAAGCUGUGGGACGUGCGCGACGGCACCUGCCGCCAGACCUUCGUCGGCCACGAGUCCGACAUCAACGCCAUCUGCUUCUUCCCCAACGGCGAGGCCAUCUGCACGGGCUCGGACGACGCUACGUGCCGUCUGUUCGACCUGCGCGCGGACCAGGAGCUGCUGACCUACGCCCACGACAGCAUCAUCUGCGGCAUCACCUCGGUCGCCUUCUCCCGCAGCGGCCGCCUGCUCCUCGCUGGCUACGACGACUUCAACUGCAACAUCUGGGACUCCUUGAAGGCCGAGCGCGUCGGGAUCCUCUCGGGCCAUGACAACAGAGUCAGCUGCCUGGGGGUGACAGCGGAUGGGAUGGCGGCGGCCACAGGCUCCUGGGACAGUUUCCUCAAGAUUUGGAACUGAACAGAGUGGGGCAGAAAGGGGCAGCGGAUACCCCCAUAUACCUACACACAGAGUACCCAGCUGACCCCUGCCUCCAUGAGAAUCAGCCACAUGCUUGCACACAUGGUGUGCACGUUUGUCUCCCCUCUAGCCGCAGUGUUUUCUUAGUAAUAAUAAUUGUAGUAUCUGU